CUGCCCAGUCGAAUGCAGGCCAGCAGCGAGAAGUCUCAAUCUCUCCAUUAACAGCAACGUGGCGAACAGAAAAUGAAGCUAUUUUGCGUUGUUUUGCUUGUUUACGUGGUGGCUUUGGCAUUGUUCGGCGUGGACGGACGCGGCGACGGUGGCACCACCAAGGGCUUAGAGGAAGCGAAGCGACUGUUUGUGCGGGCACGGCGCCAUGCCCCCCUCACUAAAAUGGGACUUGCGAGCGGGUCUGGUCCUGUGAACAACGAGGAACAACCUCCAUCUCAAUUCAGAGCGCGUCGUGAUGUCGUAAACAACAAUCCAACGAGCCAUGAGAACAACGAAGAGCAACAACCACAUUUCAGACCACGUCGCCAGAUGCCGCCGCCACCUGAGGGCAUGCCACCACCGCCUGAGGGUAUGCCGCCACCACCCGAGGGCAUGCCACCACCACCAGCUUAAGGAUAAGACAUAGUUAAAUAUUAUUUACAUACACACAUCAUAUAGUAAGGCGCUUGCUUAGGGUAAGGGAACCACCUCAUAAACGGGAACUAUGCGUAUAAUAAAAUUUAUUCCAAGCAUUCCAAAAAAAAAAA